GUACCCACUCCACCGCCACCUUCAAAAUCACCUCCACAGGAAUCAGUAAAGCCAAAAGCUGAAGUGCAGAAAGAAGCACACGAUGCACAUGAUGUUGAAAAUCCAGGACCUCCGGUAACGCUUGAUUAUAUGCCCGUACCGUUCCAAAAAUAUCAGACGGUUUACAAGGAAUUACAAAAGAAAUUCAAUUUCUAUUUGGUCGUUGGUGUCGGUCUUCUGGGACUUUCAUUAGCUAUUGCAAUCAAAGAAGACAUGUUUGCAAUUGAAGCGUUACGGCCACCAGCAAGUUACCGCAAUAGAAAGAAGGCAUACAUGAGCACAGAAAAAGAUGAAAAAUCGGAGCCCAGCCCUCCGCCGCCAGCCGAAACCGCUGAUGAAAAGAGUGAACCCAGCCCUCCGCCACCAGUCGAAACCACUGAACCUGAACCUCAGCCUGAACCACAAGUGGAGAAAACAGUCGUUGCAACUGAGCCUGAAGCACCUCAGGUGGUGGCUGAACCACCUGCCGAAGAACCAAAGGUAAAUGUAGCGAUCCCAAUUGUGUCGGGAAAUUUACAUGAGAAAACUUCCAAAGAUGAACAUACCAGAACGGAUACAUAG